UAUUCCGUUGUUUGUAAACACGCAGCGCGUGCCGAUGACAGCUCGUCUGCUUUAGCAAAUAUGGACGCAACAAGUAAAAGAAAAGUCAACUGGAGAAAAGAAGAGGAGAUAAUCCUAGUCGAGGAAGUGACUAAGAGGGAGGGUCUUCUCUUCGGUCGUUUGGACGGAAGCCAAAGGAGCACACUGAAGAAAACCCAAGCCAGGGAAGAAAUCGCCUGCCUCAUCAACUCCAGGGGUCGAUCUGGACUCAGAACUCUGAGUGAAAUAAAGAAAAAGUAUCAAAAUAUCAAACGGAAAGCCAAGGCAAAGAGAAGCUUGUGUAUGAGACCCCAAACAGGUGGUAGACCAAGGGCCAAUUCCCCAUCUGUACCCGAGCAACUAGUGCUGGAUAAUUUGGAGGGGAGACCAAGUUUGUGUGGGGUGUUUGGCGGGAUUGACACGGAAGACUUCGUGAAUAUCUCAGAAACUGCUGAAGCCCCACAUGAUGGAGCAUAAACCACUGAAGUUGAUCUGAACUCAGCUGAUAAUAUGGCCUUCA